AUAGGAAGGACUUUCAUAAAGUCAAUUGUUCAUGCUCAGUUGCGUGCAACCUUGUAACAGCAGGGUCAAGACACAAGCAGAAAUUAUUCUAUGGUGCUGUCUUGCAGGACUCCACUUAAUUUCACUGAGCGGCGCAAUAAAGCUUUAGUAUACUUGCGACAUUGAAGUGUCGCCAUUCAGAAACAGAAAGUGGAUGCCAGGAGACCAUAGACACGUGACUAAACAAGGGUAUUUCCGGUGAUGUAAGAAGAAAAAAAAAAGUCGCUGAUGACAGGCUCACGCACUUGGCAGGAGGGAGGUGGAGCAGAUAUAAAUGGGUUUUACAAAGAAUCAGAUUUUCAGUUAGAGAGGGAGGGAUUGAAAGCAAUGACUUGGACAUGAUGCCUGUUGUGUUCCACAAAGUUGAUGAUGUGAUGUUUGAUGGUUUUGUUAGGAAGCAUCAUUUGUAUCAGAAAACAGCAGCAGGGAGAGGGAGAAUACAGCUUUGCUGGAGAUCUGCUCAUAGAAGGGGGCAGGAAAAGCAAGGAUGGAAUGCACAAUGGCAUUCACUACCAGGAAGUCAGGCAGUACUGUACAGAAACUCUUUUGAUCCGGUUUUAUUUCACUACAAGAUGCUACAAUGCCUAUGUGGAGUCCAUACUGGAGGAUCUGAAAAAGGGUCCCAAACCAGACCUGGUCAUAAUGAACUCUUGUCUCUGGGAUCUGACCAGGUAUGGCACUAAAUCCAUUGAGGAAUACAAAGGAAGGUUGGAGUUCUUGUGCUCUCGGUUGAAGCAGGUGCUUCCUUUUGACACACUGGUGAUCUGGAACACUACAAUGCCUAUUUCCAGUAGAGCACGUGGAGGCUUCCUUGUCCCUGAGGUCAGCUACUGCAACAGAACACUGCGACUAGACAUUCUAGAGGCUAACUACUUUGCCAGAAAUGUGGUUGUAAACCAUGGCUAUGAUGUUUUAGACCUGCACUUCUUCUUCAGAAACCUUUUAGAAUGGAGAGUUGAAGAUGGUAUUCACUGGAGACCAGAAGCUCACCGCCACAUCUCUAACAUCCUUCUUACACAUGUGAGUAAUGCUUGGGGUUAUCCUUUGCCAGAGGCUCAAUUCUUUUACAGACAGAGCAAUGUCUACGUGGGCAACAGAAUGUGUCCUGAACGUCUUGAUUCUUCCAGAUAUCACUGGAGAAGCUUAUCUGCUCCAACUGCCUUGGCUUUGUACAGUAAUCCUCCUUCAUUCCGUCAACAGUAUUCUGACUCUAAUGGCACUCAUCAUAGGGAGCUGCAAACAGAGAAUUACCAUGUGGACUGCUCCAGUGUGAGUAGAGAGGUUGCUCAACCCCAACCCUUAGCCAUAAAUUUUGGGAAUGUGUUUAAUAACUGGACACCCUCUAAUGAAAGUGAUUAUUUUUGGGAACCUUAUACAGCAUGUGACUUUCAAGCCAAAGACAGACGUUCAAGGAACUCUUAUAAGAGAGGGUUUCGGUGCUGAAUAGCUGUUGGAAGUAGGACUGUGAAAACAGCAAAGAGGCAUACAAAAUGACAUUUGAAAAAUUCUUUACAACAAUACAUGUGAGUGCUCUCAAAACCAGUUAGGUGUAAAGUUUCUAUGUGCGGUAUGAUUUCUUUUUUGCUGGAUACAGUGCAUUGAGGAAAAAAGGAAGCAGCACAGACUGCUCCAGGACUGUUUUGGCUCAAACCACAUGCUCUGUUUUGAAAGUAGGAGAAAAAAGAAAUGAAGCUGAGCACUAGGUUAGCUACAUCAUUGGUUGCCCGUUUAGAUGCAGAUUUAGGCUUUAAAUUUGAAUUAUGCACCUUUUUUUUAAAAAAAAAAUUAUUUUAAAUAGUUAGGUGGUGAAAAACUUGAUUAUUGCUGAUUUAAUAUAUUUGACUCAUUUUCAGGAUCAAUUUGAGAUCUAUUUACUUAAGUGUCUCAGAUUAACAAAAAAGCAACAAGUUUUCCAUUGAUGGGAACAUUUUAAUAUAAAAUGCCUUUAAAACAAAAUUUAUGGGUUCUUAUCUCUAGGUUUGCAUUUUUUUUUCAUUCAUCCAUUAACUGAUGAUUUCUCAUAAACAGGUUUGUGGAGGGAGGUGUUAAAAGAUGGCAUGCUUUUGUAACAGCUAAGUGACAUGUUGCUGUGCAAGAGUAGCUGUGAUCCAUUACCAGUAAGAAUGUGUUAAGGUUAUAAUGUAUCCAAUCUUUUGGUCACAUCUUUGACCUAUUUUUGCAAUGCAUACUACGACCAUGUUAUGUCAACUGUUAAAUAUCUGUGAAAGUUC